AUGGCUGUGCUGUCAAUAGUUGGAGUUCUUGUAACCGAAGGUUUCUCCCUAAGUGGGAAUGACGACACCUCCCGAUUUCACAUCUGUCACUUCUCCUGUCUCGUGACACCUCCUCAAAAGGGUCCACCCGUCUCGUUACUAGGCCUCCAAGUGCUCACUGGAACAGUUGACCGAAUCGCAUUUGUAAAACCGAGGGAUGAAGACUCAGUCGACAGUCAUGACACCAUUUUCGUUUUCUCUUCCCAUCCCACCAACAGUGAAUGUGGCUUCAGUAUAACUGUGGACGGAUUUGUCGGUGACGAAAACCCGUCAAAGAUGCCGUAUCAUAUUGCGGAUUUGAAGUUCUUCGAAAUUGAUACCCUUGUGGCCUUAAUUUACCGCGAUGCUGACGCCUCAUCCACAGACACGCCUCAGUGGUUCGUCUUCAUCCCUCUGGAAGAGGCAUUCAUCAAUGCUCCCGAACUUACCCCAUUAUCCGUUUCUCUGGCAUCCUCUGACCUCACUGAUGUGCUACUCAGGUGA